AAGGUGCACGCCCCCUUUUUGGUAUGUGUCACCGCAUAAUAUUGAUGAUCAGCAGAGCUACAACCUUAUCGAACGACUUUAACGUUCUCUCCUUGUUAUUUUCAAUGCUUUAACUAGGUCAUAUUUUGGCUAUUGGUACAAACCGCAUGGGAAAAUUUCACGAGUGGCACAAGGAGCUUGGCCCUGUUUUCCGCUUCAAGAUGGGUGUCAGUACUGUUUUGGUAGUAUCUGAUAUUAGUAUGACACAUGAGCUACUCGCUACGAUGGGAAAACUUACGUCGAAUCGUCCAGAAAGUGCUACUCGUUAUGACUUUGAUUCCAAUGGACAUAAUAGGGGCAUCAUUCUAUCUCAAUCAAAUGACAAACAUUGGAGUGUGUUGCGUAAAUCAGUUCUCAAUGCUCUAGGUCCAAGAAAGCUUAAGGAGUUGAGCCCCGUUCUUUGCAAAGAAGCUGACGAGUUUGUGAAUCUUGUUGCCACUGGUGAAAACAUCGAUCCAUUGCCGCAACUUAUGCGAGUUUCGCUCAAUUUCAUCCUCCUUACAUUAUUCAGUAUCCGGACAACGUCGUUGGAGGAUCCACUUUACAAGCGCGGUAUUUAUAUUGUCAACAAGACAAUGAGUUUUACGCAUUUCAAGUAUAUUGCCAGUCAGUUCAUUCCGGUGCUUCGUGUAAUUGAACCGAUUAUUGGCAACAGGAAGAAAGCAAUCCAGUUUUUGAAAUACGAAUGCAAGCCAUUCUACUUGGAACUCGUCGAAAAAGCGAUGAACGCUAAGGACCACAAUAUGACAAAAGCUGUCAACGAAGAGAUGAACCAAGGAAAAGAAGGCUAUUACAAUAAUUUGCUCCCUACAAUUCAUGACAUGAUACUGGCUGGAACGGAUACUACCGCUGUGACAAUCUCAUGGGGAUUCCUUCAGAUAUCGACAAGACCAGAAAUCCAAAAGAAGAUCCAGCAAGAGAUCGACGUCUUUGUGACCCAAAAUGGCCGUGUUCCUUACUUUUGGGAGCGAAAUGAAGUACCAUAUUUAAUUGCCACACAACGCGAGUGUUUGCGACUCAGACCCACAACUGACCUUGGUGUCACUCAUGCUGCUGUUGAAGAUUUCGAAUGGCGAGGAAGUCUUAUUCCCAAGGGUACUUCGAUUAUGGCCAACAUGGUAGAGGCACAUAUGGACCCCGAAAAGUACCCAGACCCGGAAGAGUUCAGACCUGAGCGCUUUCUAGAUACGCACGACACAAUGGCGUCUUCUGCUAACAUGAGAGCUGAGAACCGAGAUCAAUACAAUUUUGGGUGGGGCCGACGUAUUUGUGUCGGCACUCACUUGGUAAGCAUCUAAAGCCUGAGUGAAAAUAAUAUUAGUGCUAUCUUCCUAUUGAUUGAUAUACUUAUUUGAAGGCUGAAACGCAAAUGUUCAACGUGUGGGUGAGAGCUCUUCACAAGUGCGAUAUUGUUCCAGCUAUUGGUGCAAACGGAAACCAAGUCCCGGCAACUCUUGAAACGGUACCGCCAAUUUCUGGCCCAAUUGUAGUGAGCCCUAGCUCCUUUGAAGUGCGUUUUGUCCAGAGAACAACCAGUCAUUAACUGAUUUUUCUGACACCUUUCUCCAAAGGAAAUAGCUUUUUUUCAACAGCAUUCAAUUAUAUAUCUUUGCUACAAUGAAUUAAACUUUAACCAAACAAACAACCGAUUAUUGACUCUUCAGC